AUGUCUAUUCUCGAUACCACAAAAGACCUCUCGGCCCUGUUCACCAAGCAGGUUUAUGCGACUCCCGAUGCCCCCGCACUAGAAGAUGACUCCACCACAUACACCUAUGCCGAACUAGACAAGGAAGUGGAUGCUCUGGCUCAGCGCCUGCGAAGCUAUGGAGUCGGACGAGAUAGUCUGGUUGGCGUGCUUCUCCCUCGGAGCGCCCAUUAUGUGAUCGCCUGCCUGGCCGCUCUCCGUGCAGGAGGUGCAUUCCUUGUUCUCGAGCUGGCUUACCCUCCUGAUCUCCUGGCAGACGUCCUUGAAGACGCGAAGCCAGUGGUUGUGGUGACUCACCGUGCCGAGGCAAAAAAAGUCAAAGCCGAUGUGCCACUGAUCGCUCUCGACGAGCCCACAACAGAUGCCAAUGGACACACCAAGGAACCGUCGACUUCUCUGCCAGCUGAGGAUGAUCUGGAUCGACUGGCCUUUGUCUCGUAUUCCUCGGGCACUACGGGCAAACCCAAGGGAAUUGCCAAUCCACAUCGAGCGCCUGUGCUUUCGUAUAAUCUCCGAUUCGGCGUGCAGGAUCUGCAGCCUGGCGAUCGGGUGGCCUGCAAUGUGUUCUUCAUCUGGGAGAUUCUGCGCCCAUUGUUGCGUGGUGCCACUGUCGUGGCGGUUCCGGACGACGUGAGCUACGAUCCCGCAGCGCUGGUUGAUCUCCUGGCAGCCAAUCGCAUCACCGAGACUCUCAUGACGCCAACGUUGCUGGCCACCGUGCUCGCGCGUCACCCCCAUCUCGGUGCUCGGUUGCCAAAUCUACGCACGCUGUGGUUGAACGGCGAGGUGGUCACGACUGACCUCGCUAAACGGGCCAUCAAGGCCCUCCCAUCCACCCGGCUGCUGAAUUGCUACAGCGCAUGUGAAACACAUGAGAUUGCCUGCGGCGAUAUUCGGGAAAUGCUCGACGACAACACCCCAUAUUGUCCGGUGGGACCCCCUCUGGAUCCGAAGCACACCUAUAUUCUGGGUGAAGAUGGCAAGACGGUUCCCGACGGCGAGAGCGGAGAACUCUUUGUAGGAGGGCCCCUUCUUGCCCGGGGAUACCUCAAUCUCCCCGAUACUACCGCCAAAGCCUUCACCGCCGAUCCGUUCGACUCCACACCCGGUGCGAGCAUGUACCGCACCGGCGACCGCGCUCGCAUUCUGCCUUCCGGGCUGCUGGAAAUCACCGGUCGCGUGGGUGCGAUGAUCAAGCUCCGUGGCUAUUCGGUGGUUCCUGGUAAGGUUGAAAACGAGAUCGUCAAUCACUUGGCAGUCAGCCAUUGUGCCGUGAUCGCGCACGGCGAAGGAUUGGAUCGCCAGCUGGUGGCGUACAUUGUCCGAGACCAGGACAGCACCGAUCGUCCGGUCGUCGAGAUCAACCCGUCCGGUCACAGCCCGGAGGCAAGGCAAACUUUGGCGCCGUACCUGGCUCAUUACAUGAUCCCCGCCCUGUGGGUGGAAAUGGACGAACUGCCGACCCACGAGGUGUCUGGCAAGGUUGACCUGAAACGACUGCCCCCUCCGCCCUCUCCCACCCCAGUGAAUGGCAAUGGGGCCAAGGAGAAGGAUCCCAUUGGUAUUGACCAAGUAGCAGCCAUCUGGGCUACGACACUGCGAACUCCCAAGGCGUUGCUGAAGCCAACCGACAAUUUCUUCGACCUMGGCGGUCACUCACUUUCCCUGGCCGAACUCGCGUCGAAAUUCUCGCGAGAGUUCGGUUUCCGCGUUCCCAUUACGCGUUUGGCCGAGAACUCUACGCUGGCUGGUCACCUGGAAACCGUGCGUGCCAUCCGAGACGGUCACACCGCUGCCGUGCAGGCCGAUCUGCCGGCUGUGCUGCGUGCAGACGCAACGUUGGAUGAGGACAUCCGACCUUCUCCUGAUGUGAAGAUCCGAUCCGUGACGGAUGCACAAACGGUGCUGUUGACUGGUGUGACUGGAUUCCUGGGUGCUUUCCUCCUCCACGAUUUGCUUGAAAGCACAUCCGCGCACAUAAUCUGCUUGGUUCGUUUUAACGAACCCGCCAACGAUGAUCAGCCUGGUGGUGUGGCUCGUAUCCGUCGUAAUCUGCUCGAUCUGGGUCUUUGGCGCGACUCGAUCAUGGAACGCGUCGAGAUCCUACCUGGUAACCUGUCCCGGUCGCGCUUUGGUCUGUCUCCUGAGGCGUUUGAUGAGCUCGCCGCUCGAGUGGCUGUCAUCAUCCAUGCCGCUGCUACCGUCAACCUGGUGUACCCCUACGCAGCUCUACGUGGUCCCAAUGUGGGAGGAACCAGAGAGAUUCUGCGUCUGGCCAGCAAGGGCGGCGCAACAGUACAGUAUGUUUCCACCAACGGAGUUUUGCCGCCGUCUGGCGAAAAGGGAUGGCCUGAGGACGCCAUGCUACCCGUUGAAGACGUCCCGACCAAGCUGCUGGACGGAUACGGACAGACCAAGUGGGUGGCCGAGCAGCUGGUCCUGGAGGCCGGUCGCCGCGGACUGCCCGUUAAGAUUCACCGUGCGGGCACGAUCAGCGGUCAUAGCAUCACGGGAGCAGCCAAUGCCUGGGAUCUGUUGUCGGCAUUGAUCGUCGAAUCGAUCAAGCUCGGCUACGCGCCCGACGUCGACGGCUGGAGGGCCGAAAUGACUCCGGUGGACUUUGUCAGCAAGGCGAUUGUCCACCUGGCCACGCAGACGCGGGCCGAUCAGACAAUUUUCCACCUGGGUGACCCGGAUCCGGUAGACACAAGACAGGUGUUUGACGCCCUGUCGGAGUUGGGAUACCCGACCAAGCGACUGGGAUGGGACGAGUGGGUGGCGCUUUGGACCGAGAAACAAGGAUCGGUCAAGGGAGGCGACGGCGCCUUUACGGUUGACAUUCUGCGAAGUGGUAUGCCCACGGUGGAAUUCCUGAGGGGAAUCGUCGUGCUCGACAACGCGGCCACCAGGCCGUUCCGAGCUGUGGUAGAACGGCCCAAGGUGGAUCGCGCUCUGUUGGAGACCUACACUCGCCACUGGUUCGCUCGUGGAUGGCUUCCCAAGGCGCCUGCCCGGUCGAGCAAGCCUAUUGCCGCUAUUCGUGGGCCUUUGAACGGCCGUGUGGCCGUCAUCACCGGCGCGUCAUCCGGUAUCGGUGCCGCCGUGGCAACCGCCCUCGUGCGCGAAGGGUGCCAUGUUGCACUGGCGGCUCGCCGCAUGGACGCGCUCGAGUCUCUCCAGCGGCGGCUGUCCGGCCAAGGCAGCAAGAUCCUCAUCCAGCGCACCGACGUCACCGACCGUGCGCAGGUGGAAGCACUGGUGCAGGCCGCCAGCGAGCAGCUGGGUCCGGUCGAUAUCCUGGUCUCCUGCGCCGGUGUCAUGUAUUACACGAUGAUGGCUAACGUCAAGACGGAUGAAUGGGAGCGCACGGUGGACGUGAACUGCAAGGGUCUCCUGCACUGCCUCUCAUCCACGGUGCCCGGCAUGCUGACCCGCGGCAGCGGCCACAUCGUCGCCAUCUCGUCCGACGCCGGACGCAAAGUCUUCCCCGGCCUGGGCGUAUACUCGGCCAGCAAGUUCUUCGUGGAGGCGACGCUGCAGUCGCUACGGCUGGAGACGGCGGGAAUGGGGCUGCGCGUGACAGCCAUCCAGCCAGGGAACACGGCCACCGAUCUGCUUGGGAUGUCGACGGACGCGGAGGCGAUCAAAAAGUACGGCGAGCCGUCGGGGGCGAAGAUUCUGGACCCGGAGGAUGUGGCCAAGUCGAUUGUGUAUGCGCUGCGACAGCCGGCGCAUGUGGCGGUGAAUGAGGUCCUGAUUGAACCAAGAGAUGAACCUAUCUAG